AUGUGGUCUUCUACCUCCCUUAUUGCAGGCAAGGGAAACCAACAAGCUGCAGCUAAGUUCUGCAAGCUAAUGGGCCUUGGAGAAUCGGCGCUCCCCGAGGUUAGAGAAGAUGAACGCCUGCUGGCUGCAGCUUCUACUGGCGAAGCUGCUCAAUCGGCGCUUUUCCGCCGGCUAGAACAGGAAUAUGAGGCAUCAAGGACACACACACAUACACAGCGAGGUGUCGGUCUUGGCUACUCAAGUCAUGGGCACAUCGACUAUUCAGCAUAUGCAGCGAUGCGUGCAGCGACAGAUGUCGUUGCGCCGGACGAGACUCCUGAUGCGCAUGAAUAA